AUGUUUCGGAAACCGACGAAAAAAGCUGCGUUUCGCAAAAGAACUGGUAGCACUGAUGAUAAGGAAGACUCGGGAACAGCAGAAGCAUCGCCGAGCGCGUCACGAAAAGAAGCAGCUUCGUCAAAGUCGAACGAAGACGAUGCCGUAGAUUCGCCGGUACCAAAACCACCAGCUCUUCUUAGUUUUGACAACGAUGAAGGAGCCGAUGCAGACUUUGUCUUGAAGAAGAAUAAGAAGAAAGUGAAAGAACUCAAAAAGUUGGCGAAGCUUGAAGAAGAGGCUGAACUGGAGCGGCAAAGGGAAGAGGAUGAGCGAAGAGAACGUGAACGGAAGGAAAGGGAAAAACGAAAGAAGGAGAAGGAAAAGCACAAGCAGAAGGACACGAGGGAUUCGCGGAGUCGGUAUUUGGAUAAGUAUCGCGAUUGUUCAAGCAAGACGAAAUAA